AUGGUGAAGGACACCAAGUUUUACGACAUCCUUGGGGUGUCCCCAGAUGCCACAGAAGCACAGCUGAAGACAGCAUAUAAGAAGGGUGCGCUGAAAUGGCACCCCGACAAGAACGCACACAACCCCGAGGCUGCCGACAAGUUCAAGGACCUCUCACACGCAUACGAAGUUCUCCAAGACUCGCAAAAACGACAGCUGUACGACCAGUAUGGUGAGGAGGGCCUUGAGCAGGGCGGCAUGGGCGGCGGCGGCAUGGCUGCCGAGGAUCUGUUCGCGCAGUUCUUCGGCGGCGGCGGCGGUGGUGGCCCAUUUGGAGGCAUGUUUGGUGGCGGCAUGCGCGAGCAGGGCCCCAAGAAGGCGCGCACCAUUUCCCACACCCACAAGGUCUCGCUCGAGGAUAUUUACCGCGGUAAGAUCUCUAAGCUCGCUCUCCAGAAGUCCGUCAUCUGCUCAAAGUGCCACGGUGUUGGUGGUAAGGAGGGUGCCGUCAAGAAGUGCGCUGGCUGUGAUGGCCGCGGUAUGAAGCACAUGAUGAGGCAGAUGGGCCCCAUGAUUCAGCGCUUCCAGACCGUCUGCCCUGACUGCCAGGGAGAGGGCGAGAUCAUUCGCGACAAGGACAGGUGCAAGCAGUGCAACGGCAAGAAGACCAUUAUCGAGCGCAAGGUCCUCCACGUCCACGUUGACCGCGGUGUCCAGAGCGGCCACAAGAUAGAGUUCCGUGGCGAAGGCGAUCAGCUUCCGGGCGUUGAGCCCGGCGAUGUUAUUUUCGAGAUUGAUCAGAAGCCCCACCCUCGUUUCCAGCGCAAGAACGACGACCUUUUCUUCCACUGCGAGAUCGACCUCCUGACUGCCCUCGCUGGUGGUCAGAUCCACAUUGAGCACCUUGACGAGAGGUGGUUGACCGUCGACAUCAUCCCCGGCGAGUGCAUCGCUCCCGGCGAUGUCAAGGUCAUUCGCGGCCAGGGUAUGCCCUCAUACAGGCACCAUGACCACGGCAACCUGUACAUCCAGUUCGAUGUUAAGUUCCCCGAGCGCCUCGGCGGCGAAGACGGCGCACCCCUGACGCCCGAGCACAUCCGCGCCCUCGAGUCGGUUCUGCCACCACGAAAGGUCCCUGAUGCUACACCUCCACCCAACGCAAUGACCGAGGACUUUACACUCGAGACCGUCGACCCCACACGCGAGCAGGCACGCGCACGAGGCAUGACCAGCCCCGACGAGGACGAUGAUGACAUGCAUGCCGGUGCCGAGCGCGUCCAGUGCGCAUCGCAGUAA